AUGGUGAUAACAAAUAUAUCCACCUUUGUGAAGAAGGAAGAAUUGGAAUUGCCUCCAGAUUUCCAAAUUAAAACAGAUGUUUUUGUUGAUGAUGAUGAUGUUGUUAUGGACGAGUUUAUCGACGGGUUGAGCGUCGAUUUGGGUUGUUAUCAUGAAGACAGAAUUCCAGAGGGGAAACAAAUGAUGAGUUACUGGGAUUUCUUGAAUUUGCCUUAUACUGAAGAUGGAAAUGGUAAUUACUGUCAGGAAUCUCUGGGAAUGUGUUUUCAGGAAGCAGCAGGAGGAGGGGCCAUAAUAAAAACAGAGCCCGGUUGCAAAUUCUGGGAAGAUGAAGAAGAAGAAGAAGCAGAAGAUGAUGAAGAAGAUGGGAAAAAGAUGCGUUUGAAUCUGAGCUUAAAUUAUCAACAUGUUCAGGAUGCUUGGUCCGACCGAACACUUUGGGCUGAUGAUUCCAUCUCCUACCCCACCACUUCUUCUUCUUCUGUGAUUGAAGGGGUGGCGCCACUUACUGUAAUAGAAGAGGAUAGAAAAAGAAGGGAAGCAAGUGUGCUUAGAUACAAGGAAAAGAGACAGGCAAGGCUGUUCUCCAAGAAGAUAAGAUAUCAAGUUCGGAAACUUAAUGCUGAUAACAGACCCAGACUCAAGGGCCGCUUUGUUAAAAGGGACGGCUGA